AUGACUAACCCAUCUCACGGGCCUUCACUCCUUCAGGCCCGUGAGGACACUCGUUCACAACCCCAUCCGCACUCCUUGUUCCAUCGCCGUCGCCAACCAGACGGCCCACGCGGCACCACGCAAACACAUCACGAACACCAUCGUUAUCCACGCGAAGCUCCCGCCGACGAUAGGCCUCGCGCCGAGCCUGGGGCCGACGACACGGCCCAAGCACCUCCGACGGCGGUGGCACGCGACAUUGCCGGCGACGUGGUCCAACGCGACGCAGCGUUUGCCGGCGCCGGCGUCGACACCGUCGUCAAUGUCAUAAAGGAUCCCGGCAGUCCUUUCGUUACUCGCGUCGUUCAGACCGUCUCACUCGUUCAGGUCGUCGACCCUUGGGGCAAACCCUGGGAGACCCGAACCGUCCUCGGGCCCCCCAACACCGUUGUCCUCGACCCUUCUGGCAACACCGUCGCCGUGACUGCCGCCGGUCUUCACGCUACCGUCGCCGCCUUCGGCGCCACGCCGAGCACAACAGCGACCACGGCACCCGAGUCGGACACCGACAGCACGGCACCCCCUACCACGGAACCAUCGCAGGCUUCUAGCCUGACGUCCAGUCCUUCUCACACCCCAUCUACAUAUCCCAUCAUCAGUGAUGCUCGCAACGGAACAAACAGUAAGCUUUCCCUUCUUCAUGGGAACUCCUCAUUCGUUCACUCAAAUUCUUCAUCGUACCGAACAUCGGCACUUUCCACUACUACCUCACUGUCUUUUACCUCCACGAGCACAGACUCUACUUCGGAGGAGUCGUCGGUGACGACUACCAGCUCCGAAAUUUCGACAACAGCGUCAAGCACCCACCUAACAACGACUACCACAUCAUCCUUUACACUACUUGGCGGGGGAUUCGUAGCGACCAAACCCGCGGAUGGCGCUCAGCCGUCACCCACAUCUGACUCGGGUGGCCAUUCUCCCGACAAGCUUUCUCCACAGCAGAAGCAGGUCAUUGGCGGCGUCGUUGGAAGCAUCGCCGGGGUCGCUUUUCUGGCGCUCCUGGUGUUGCUCGCCCUCAAGUACAAAAGACGGAGAGACGGACGGCAAUUGAUCGGAGGCGGUCAAUCCGGCCAGGACGCAUCACGAAGUAUCACUGGCGGGGAUGGCGGUUCCGGCGCCUCGAGGGCCAUGGCCGAGAGGUCAGGUCCCUCAGCGGCGGUCACGGCCGCUCUUGCCACGUUGACGGGGAAACGAAAUGCACGCCAGACAGCCUCAUCUUCUGAAGGAACCGAGCGAGGUUUCUACCGAGUGUCUGGGAGGAAAUUACCUUCCGUCCUGCACACGGGCGGUGAUGGAUACUCGGAUCCCAGAGAGAGCACCAUAAGAGAGAGCACCAUCAGCGGCAGCUCAGAUUACUAUCGGGGCUCGCAGUCGUUCGACCCUGCAGCCGUUCAAGCCGGACAUUUGGCGCUGGGCGCACCGAUGCGACCCGUCAGCGGCGUGCCGGUCAUGCGUUCUGGACCUGCCCGCGUUCCCGUUACGGAGAAUCCCUUCGACGACCCAGCGACACCCACGUCACCAACCGACAUGUCGAGUCGAAACUUGGGUUCCCGCGAGAGCCCACGGGCGCAAGGGUCGAGGUUCCAGGAGGGGAUCUGA